GGUGGGUCUUGUAUCUUAUCUGUUGAUUUCAUUGGUUAAUAAUAAAGAAACUGCCUCGGCCCUCAUAGGACAGAAAAUUAGGUAGGCGGAGUAGACAGAAGAGAAUUCUGGGAGAAAGAAGCUUAGGAGGAGUCGCCAUGAUGCUCCCACUCCAGACAGACGCAGGUUAAGAUCCUCUCUGGAGGGAUUUUUGAAACUGUGGAAAAUGAACCCGUUAAUGUUGAAGAAUUAGCUUUCAAGUUUGCAGUCACCAGUAUUAACCGAAACCGAACCUUGAUGCCUAACACCACAUUAACCUACGACAUCCAGAGAAUUAAUCUUUUUGAUAGUUUUGAAGCCUCCCGAAGAGCUUGCGACCAGCUGGCUCUCGGUGUGGCCGCCCUCUUUGGCCCUUCCCACAGCUCGUCUGUGAGUGCUGUGCAGUCCAUUUGCAAUGCUCUGGAAGUUCCACACAUUCAGACUCGCUGGAAACACCCCUCGGUGGACAACAGAGACUUAUUUUACAUCAACCUCUACCCAGAUUACGCAGCUAUCAGCAGGGCAGUCCUGGACCUGGUCCUCUAUUACAACUGGAAAACAGUGACUGUGGUGUAUGAAGACAGCACAGGUCUAAUUCGUUUGCAAGAGCUCAUCAAAGCUCCCUCCAGAUACAACAUUAAAAUCAAAAUCCGCCAGCUGCCCUCUGGGAAUAAAGAUGCCAAACCUCUGCUCAAGGAGAUGAAGAAAGGCAAAGAGUUUUAUGUGAUAUUUGAUUGUUCACACGAGACGGCUGCUGAAAUCCUUAAGCAGAUUUUGUUCAUGGGUAUGAUGACGGAAUACUACCACUACUUCUUCACGACCCUGGACUUGUUUGCUUUAGACCUGGAACUUUACAGGUACAGUGGUGUAAAUAUGACUGGCUUUCGGUUGCUGAAUAUUGACAACCCUCAUGUGUCAUCUGUCAUUGAGAAGUGGUCCAUGGAGAGAUUGCAGGCCCCACCCAGACCCGAGACUGGCCUUCUGGACGGCAUGAUGACAACUGAAGCAGCUCUGAUGUACGACGCUGUGUAUAUGGUAGCCAUUGCUUCGCAUCGGGCCUCACAGCUGACUGUCAGCUCCCUGCAGUGCCAUCGACACAAACCGUGGCGCCUUGGGCCCAGAUUUAUGAACCUGAUCAAAGAGGCUCGGUGGGAUGGCUUGACUGGGCGUAUCACUUUCAAUAAGACCGAUGGCUUGAGAAAGGAUUUUGACCUGGACAUUAUCAGUCUCAAAGAGGAAGGAACUGAAAAGGCUGCUGGUGAAGUGUCUGUGCACUUGUAUAAAGUGUGGAAGAAGAUUGGAAUUUGGAACUCCUACAGUGGGCUGAACAUGACGGAUGGCAACAAAGACAGGUCCAACAACAUCACUGAUUCUCUGGCCAACCGGACACUCAUUGUCACCACCAUUCUGGAAGAACCCUAUGUGAUGUACAGGAAAUCCGAUAAGCCCCUCUAUGGAAACGACAGAUUCGAAGGAUAUUGCCUGGAUCUACUGAAAGAAUUGUCAAAUAUCCUGGGUUUCCUUUAUGAUGUUAAACUAGUUCCUGACGGCAAAUAUGGAGCCCAAAAUGACAAGGGAGAGUGGAAUGGGAUGGUUAAAGAACUCAUCGACCACAGAGCUGACCUCGCAGUGGCCCCUCUCACCAUCACUUAUGUCAGGGAGAAAGUCAUAGACUUCUCCAAGCCCUUCAUGACCCUGGGCAUCAGCAUCCUUUACCGGAAGCCCAAUGGAACCAACCCGGGUGUCUUCUCCUUCCUCAACCCCCUGUCUCCAGACAUUUGGAUGUAUGUGCUGCUGGCCUGCUUAGGAGUCAGUUGUGUGCUCUUUGUGAUUGCCAGGUUUACACCCUACGAGUGGUAUAAUCCCCACCCGUGCAACCCCGACUCAGACGUGGUGGAAAACAAUUUCACUUUGCUAAAUAGUUUCUGGUUUGGAGUUGGAGCUCUCAUGCAGCAAGGAUCAGAGCUGAUGCCCAAAGCUCUAUCGACCAGAAUAGUUGGAGGAAUAUGGUGGUUUUUCACCCUAAUCAUCAUUUCAUCCUACACUGCCAACCUGGCUGCCUUCUUGACAGUAGAGAGGAUGGAAUCUCCCAUCGAUUCCGCUGACGAUCUGGCAAAACAAACCAAGAUAGAAUAUGGAGCAGUCAGAGAUGGCUCAACAAUGACCUUCUUCAAGAAAUCAAAGAUCUCCACCUACGAGAAAAUGUGGGCUUUUAUGAGCAGCAGGCAACAGAGCGCACUGGUUAAAAACAGCGAUGAGGGGAUCCAGAGAGUGCUGACCACCGACUAUGCCCUGCUGAUGGAGUCCACCAGCAUUGAGUACGUGACGCAGAGGAACUGCAACCUCACCCAGAUCGGGGGCCUCAUAGACUCCAAAGGUUACGGAGUGGGAACUCCUAUAGGCUCUCCUUACCGGGAUAAAAUCACAAUUGCCAUUCUUCAACUACAAGAAGAAGGGAAGCUGCACAUGAUGAAAGAGAAAUGGUGGCGAGGAAACGGCUGCCCCGAAGAAGAGAGUAAGGAAGCCAGUGCUCUGGGAGUGGAAAAUAUUGGGGGCAUCUUCAUUGUUCUGGCUGCGGGACUUGUCCUUUCUGUGUUUGUAGCCAUUGGAGAAUUUAUAUACAAAUCACGGAAGAACAAUGAUUCUGAGCAGUGUCUGUCUCUCAAUGCCAUCAUGGAAGAGCUGGGAAUCUCACUCAAGAAUCAGAAAAAAUUAAAGAAAAAGUCAAGAACUAAGGGCAAAUCUUCCUUCACAAGUAUCCUUACCUGCCAUCAGAGACGGACUCAGAGAAAAGAGACUGUGGCAUGAUCUGAGAACACACGUGUAGGCACCGUCCAAGGAGGAGAAGGCCAUUCCCACUGCACAUACGUGGAGGAAGGAUGUUUGACAAGAAAGAGACGUGUUUUCACAUGCCUCUAUCCGUAGCUCCAGUCAUGGACAGAGGGGGAAGAAAUGCACAAUUUUUAAAGCUCACAUAGAUAUUAUUCAGAAGUGAAAUUGAUUCUUUUCAGAUGAAUUUGUAUGCACACUUAUUUUGCAUUUUCUCUUCCCCCCCCCAAUAUAUUGCUAUGUGUGCUUUCUAAAUAAUAAUAAACACGUGGACUUUGUUUUUCAUA